AUGGGCCUAUUCGGAAAGAAAAACAGCAGCAAGAUUCCAGCGGUCGACUCGGCGCCAGCUCCGCAAUCUAACGUUGCUGGCAGACACGGCGCUGCUGGUGGCGGUGGAGGUGGCGGCUUUGAUCGCGGUAAUGCUGGCUAUGGAGCUGGCGGAUACGGGCAGCAGCAUUACGGCGGUACUCCUGGUGGAACCACUGGCUACCAAGAGCGUUUUGCCAAUGCGCGAGCACCGAGCGCUGGUUUCGGUUCGGGCUACGAUCAGUAUGCGGGUGGAGGCGGCAGUAAGUCGGGGAAUCUGUCGCGGAACGUGCAAAACCAAAGAGGCGGUGUUGGAGCUGAGGGAGAUUUGGAAGCUGAGUACGGUCGAGGCUCUGGUGUAGGCGUUGGAUCGACAGCCAAUACGGGGUAUGACGGGGUAGAGCAACGGGAAGAGCAGCGAGAUCAAGAGGAUGACGAGGUGGAGGCGAUCAAGCAGCAGAUGCGCUUUACCAAGCAAGAGUCGAUCUCGUCGACGCGCAAUGCACUGCGCAUCGCGCGCGAGGCGGAAGAGACGGCAACCAACACCAUGUUCAAGCUGUCGGAUCAAUCGGAAAAGAUCGGCAACACCGAGCGCUCGCUCGAUCUCGCCAAAGCACACGCGUCACGAGCCGAGGACAACGCCAAAGAGAUCGUAGCACUCAACCGGUCCAUCUUCCGUCCCAAUAUGCAGUUCAACAAGAAGGCCAAGCGCGAUGCGGAAGAGGCACGCAUCAUCGCUCGUCACAUUGACGAGAGGGAAGAGCGCGAAGCCGUCCGUCGUGACGUGACGGAUGCCCAGUCGAGACUCGACGCCAGCAUGAACGGACCAGGAACUGGCAAGGCUAGCUUUGGUCGUUUCGGUCAGGACCGCUUCGGCUCCGGCAAGAAGGCCGAAGAAGCCGCUCAGCGAAACAAGGUCGCGCAACGUGGAAGGUACCAGUUUGAAGCCACAGAGUCCGAUGACGAAUUAGAGGAUGAACUCGACCAGAAUCUGGACGAGAUCGGUAUGCUCAGUUCCAGGCUCAAUCAGCUCGGAAAGGCUAUGGGACAAGAAGUGGACAGCCAGAAUGCGAGAUUGCAGAGGAUCGGCGAUAAAGCUACCACUCUGGAUACCAAGAUCUUUGCCGGCACACAGCGAUUGGGCAACAUUAAAUAG